AUGUUAUUGAAGUUUUUGUUUAUUUUGCUUUUGGUGAAGAAGAGCUUCGCAGAUAUAUUGGUGAAUGUCGAACAAGGUAAUUUACGAGGAGAGCAAUUAGAGAGUGUUACAAAAGAUACAAAAUAUUACAGUUUUAAAGGCAUACCAUAUGCAGCACCGCCACUCGGCAAGCUGAGGUUUAAGGCACCUGAACCGCCUGUAUCGUGGGAGGGAGUGAGAAAUGCCACGGAACAUGGUUCCGUUUGUAUUCAGUACGACAUAGUCCUCGAGCAGUUCAUAAGCGGUAGCGAGGACUGUCUUUUCCUCAACGUCUAUACACCUGAAUUGGACCCCAAAGAGCCACUGCCCGUCAUGUUCUACAUCCACGGUGGAGGCUACAUUAGUGGGUCGGGGAACGACGACUUUUACGGACCAGAUUUCCUUGUCGAUCGCGGAGUCAUCCUAGUUACCAUAAAUUACAGGCUUGAAGUUUUAGGAUUUCUUUCACUGGAAACUAAAGAAGUACCCGGAAAUGCUGGCGUAAAGGAUCAGGUAGCAGCUUUGAAAUGGGUUCAGAAAAAUAUCGCGAAAUUUGGCGGUGAUCCCAAUAGAGUAACUGUGUUUGGAGAAAGCGCUGGCGCCUCGUGCACUGGCUUCCAUAUUGUGUCACCGAUGAGUAAAGGUCUCUUUAGAAGAGCCAUUGCAAUGAGCGGUGUGCCACUCGCCGAUAAUUCUAUCUCUUUCGAACCACAAAAGCGUGCUUUUGCUCUCGGGAAACAGUUGGGCAUGGACACCGACGAUCCCGAUAAGCUACUUGAAUUCCUCCAAAUCAUUAACGCCCAAAACUUAACCAAAACUAACCCGUUUCUAACGUCAUUUGAAGAAUUAAACGCGAACCCUUUCAAGCAGGUAUAUUUUGUACCAGUCGUUGAAAAAGAUUUCGGUCAAGAGAGAUUUUUGACUGAAGAUCCUUUGGAAUCAUUGGACAGUGGACACAUCAACGACGCUGAUGUGAUGAUGGGAUACACAAACCAGGAAGCACUCAUAGCCCUGAUUCGAUUCAAUAACAAAGAUUUAAAGAAACUUGAUCGUUAUCGCGAAUUAUUGGUUCCAAGAAAGAUUUUGACUACAUCCACACCAUCAAUUUCCUUAGGAGUAGCAAAUAUUAUUAGAAAACAUUAUUUCGAUUCAUCAAACGCCUUCCUGAAAAUGCAAACACUACCAAGUAUCUGUAUCAAUUCUCCAGUGUGUCGGAGAGAAAUCUCUUCGGUCUUCUUGGCUCUAAAUUUGGUCUAUCCGGAGCUGCACAUCUCGACGACAUUUUUUAUGUAUUCAACG